AUGGAGUCUGAAUAUUCACCCGCAUUGGAAGACUUGCUCAGAAUAUGGCCUAUUGCAGAAGCCCUGAGUACUUAUCUUCCAGUAGGAGAUCUGAUAUCACUUGCUCGGUCCAGUACCAUUCUGCGUGCGGCACUGCACGGAUUCUCAGAACCCUAUGAAAACGGGUCCAAGCCUACUGAUCUGCAAGGCAAUGUUCGACAGUCACUCAAAAUCGGUCAGCACGAUACGACUUCAUGGAACAGGUUGAAGCUUUCAGCACCAUACGAAUGCUCUUCUCCCAAACAUACCAAGAAAAAUCUGAUUCCUAAACCUUGUCGGUACUGCUCGAGGCCCAUUUGCGAUGCAUGUAUUGUUCAGUCAUCAUUCUCUCGUGGAAGAGAGAACACUUUUCAGAAUCGGGUCCGAUACUUAUGCAAGCCCUGUUGGGGUCAAGGAAAUCUGAGCAGAGGCCACCGCUUUCCCCUUCAUAGGCCGAAAGACAAUGCUUUGAAGGCGGAGUGGUAUGACCCUGAUGGCAGUACAAAAGAAUGCUGUACCUGCACAUUAAAGGUGGACGGUACGCUUUGCCUCGAUUGCAAAGACCUACAAAACUGGGAAGCCGUCGCUUCAGCCGAAAGCCAAUGCCAUGGCAUGGCCUGCACCAACCCACUUGAGGAGGAUAAAGAACGACGUCGUAUUUGUCUGUGGUGUGACAAAUCUCUCCCACGUCAAGUUGGAGGGACUACACGGCAUCACUGGAAUCAAAGAAUGAUCGAUGCCAGAGCUCGCAACGCGGCUUCUCGUCAGGCCGACUUGGAGGAAUACAAUCGUAAACGAUUCAAAUCACUGACCAUGUCGAGGCGUGAGCUGAGAGGUGAUGAAGCCGUGAGAAAUGACCCGGAUGCAGACCUACCUCAAUUCGUUCGCCAUCUGGAUACCAUCAAUUAUCGACCCUACAUGGCUGUUGAGCGUGCCCCAAGUGGCGAGGCCGUGUAUCACUCGAAGAGGGGUUAUUGGACCUACAAUCAGAAUUUCCUGCUUGCUAUGGGCGCCAGGUGUCGCAAGAUUACUGCUCCCGGAUUUGACCCGAGUGUAGCAUGUUUGAAGGCGAAUGCCACAUCCCCAUUUGCUCGAACCAAUGGGGAGAAAUGGAGCGAACUCGAGCAAUUCAACUCCGAACUCCCAUUCAUGUCGGCACAUCGCUGCAAGGAGUGGCACGAGCUCAAAGCCACUAUCCUUGACCUCUUGGUGGUUCAGAACAUCCACCCUAAACAAAUCAAACAAAUCAUGAAAGAUGACUACGACUUCCGAGCAAAACGUGCGGAGUAUGAGAAGGUGAUGGAAAUCUGGGACACUGAGGAAUAUCGAAGAGCACAGCAGAAACUGCCCAGACGCUCGACGUCGAGAGGCAGCACCUCCUCUGAAUCCACAAGGAGUAGGACAGCCAUCAAAGAGUUCAAAGAAAAACUUGCAGCUUUCGGAGUUGGCAAGCGGCUGAGCACGACCUGGGAAAUCCUUACGUCGUCAGACUCAGACGCAGAUGAGGAGGACGCGGCGCUGGAUACCAGUUCUAUUGACUCCUCUCCACGUGAAAGAGACAUGUGGGCAGAUGAUAGAGGUGAGAGUGGUACAGAUUCUGGAGCCUCUGAUGAAGUGGUUGAUUCGGGGUCUGCUCCAUUUCCGUCUGUCGCCAUCAUACCCCAGCAAUCGGUACCUAUCACCAUUUCACAGCCUCCUCAACAAUCGUCUUUGCAACGGCAGAAUACCAACCAGACGGAAGUUGAUCCCAUCGAUCUAACAUCUCAUACAGAAGGAGGCCCGGCUGAGAGGGAUGCUGGGAUUGGUGCCUUAGGAUCAUCACUGCAACCACCAGCGGAGCACAGCGAUAAUCCACCACCAUACUCGGCUGAGGGAUGGGACUGGCCGCCGUCGCCGUGA